AUGGGGAGCAGAACGGCCAAGGUCCUCGCCGUCGCGGUGGCCAGCACGGUGCUCGUCGCCGCCGAGGUCGCCCUCUACCUCUGCCUGCGUCUGUCGAGGCCCUUCUACCUCUCCACGGCCGCCGUCCUGGCGGCGACGGUCCUGACGCUGCUGGUCAUGCUCCACUGCACGGCGGGGCGGGCGGACCGCAUGGCGGCGCGGCGGGCGCUGGACGACGGCGAGGAGCUGCGGGCCGAGUACAGCUACUUCCGCAAGGUGGCCGGGCUGCCGCGCAAGUUCUCGCUGCACGCGCUGGCGGCGGCCACGGACGACUUCCGGUGCGUGGCCGGGCGGGGCGCCUCGGGCACCGUCUUCCGCGGCGUCCUCGACGACGGCACCCCCGUCGCCGUCAAGCGGAUCGCCGACGACGGCCGCGCCGCCGCCGGACGCGCCGACAAGGAGUUCCGGGCGGAGGUGGCCGCCAUCGCCGGCGCGCAGCACGUCAACCUGGCCCGCCUCCUCGGCUUCUGCCUCGGCUCCCCGCGCUUCCUCGUCUACGAGUACAUGGACCACGGCUCCCUCGACCGCUGGAUCUUCCCCGCCCCCACCCCCGCCGAUGACGCCGCCGCCGACGCCCGCCCGCGCGGCUGCCUGCCGUGGCCGCGCCGCUACCAGGUCGCCGUCGACGUCGCCAAGGCGCUCGCCUACCUGCACCACGACUGCCGCUCCAAGGUGCUGCACCUGGACGUGAAGCCGGAGAACAUCCUCCUCGACGACGGCUUCCGGGGCGUCCUCUCCGACUUCGGCCUCUCCAAGCUGGCCGGCAAGGACCAGAGCCGGGUGGUCACGGCGGUGCGCGGCACCGCGGGCUACCUCGCGCCCGAGUGGCUCCUCGGCGCCGGCGUCACGGAGAAGUCCGACGUCUACAGCUACGGCAUGGUGCUGCUGGAGCUGGUCGCCGGCCGCCGCUGCGUGCGGCCGGAGGAGGACGGCGGGUGGUCGUACCUGCCCAAGAUCGCCGCCGAGAUGACGCGGGCGGGGCGCGUGAUGGAGGUCGUGGACCGGAGGCUCUCCUCCGGCGUCGGGGACGCGGAGCAGGCGGCGGUGCGGCGCGCGGUGCACGUGGCGCUGUGGUGCGCGCAGGAGAAGGCCGGGGCGCGGCCGAGCAUGGCGCGCGUGCUGGAGAUGCUGGAGGGGAGGGUCGCCGGGGAGGUGGAGGCGCCGCCGCCGUCCGACACGAUCAUGGAGGACCUUCUGGCGCUCGGCCACGCCCGCGCGCGGGGCGGCGGGCCGUUCCGGCUGCCGUCGGCGGGCCCGGCCGGGAGGGCCGCCUCGUCGGCGUCGGUGCUGAGCAAGUACGACUCGUUCGCCAUGUCCUACCUGUCAGGGAGAUAG